UUUAUCGAACAAAAUCUAACGUCCUCGUAAUAUUAUUUAACUUUUUAUUAUGAUUAUUUUUUGAUCAUUAUUUCUCAUUCCCUCGUCGUAUAAUAAAUGGAACGCAUUUGAGAUGUCGGCUCACUCAGUUUGAAGAUGCUGCUUGACCAAUAGGUCAUCAUCCAAGUUUGGUGGUACUACAUAUCAAUAUUCACUCAUAAUUUGCGGCAGCUCACGAAUAAUAAUAUUGACAACUGAUUUCACGACUUUGGAUUUUUAUUUGUACUUCAUUUCUCGUGAUUUAUUUUAAAUCCAUCGUGAGAUAUGAGGCUGCGGCUGUAUAUUUUUUUGGCGUCAUUUGCCAUCCUUGCUUCGGUUUGCACAGGAAAAAAAUUCUCGCGAUGUGAACUGGCAUUAGAACUCGUCAGACAAGGAUUAAGUGAAGAAAAAAUUAAUGAUUGGGUAUGCUUGGUGGAAAAUGAAAGUGCAAGAAACACAUCAAUCAUUGGUGGUCCUAACAAAAAUGGUAGCUUUGACUAUGGCUUAUUUCAAGUCAAUGGGAAAUUCUGGUGUUCAUUAGGGAUAGAAGGAGGUGAUUGCCACGUGAAAUGCGAAGACAUGAUUGAUGACAACAUCACAGACGACGUGGUUUGUGCUCGAAAAAUUUUUAAACGACAUGGAUUCUAUGCUUGGAAUGGAUGGGUCAAAAGAUGUGAGAAUAAAGAAAUUCCCGAUGUGCAUUAUUGCUUUACAGCAUGAAUUUCGUCGCUUUAUAAUGGUAGCUAAAUAAUCAAACUUGAAUAUUCCUAUGAUCAGAUAUAGGUAUGUGUAGUAGCAUUGAUUAAUGUGUUUGAAAAUGUAAUAAUUUAGGCAAAUAAAAACAAAUGUAUUUACCCUAAAA